GAAACCUUACGGCCUGUGAUGGAGGAUGUUUUCGAUUCCUUCAAGUAAUGCUUGUAUUAUUACACGCAGUCAACGUGCAGGCUCAACCGCCGAACAGUUUCAUGUAAUAAUGGGGUUUGUUGUCUUGUCCUAGCUGGAGAACAAGCAUUAGAUAUUUUUUAAUAACUACCCCAGGAUAAAGAGGGGCACUAACUGGCAUAGCUUCAGGAAACAGCUGCAAGCUAACAGAAGCUUUAGCGGAGGGUACAGUGCGGUGCAGCUGGCUCAGCUAGCUAAAUCAGCACAGCUGUUGACAACCGGGCAGCAACUCCACGCAAACUGAACCGACUCUCCGUCCAUCCCGCUGCAGUAACGUUAACGGCCGAAGGCAGCAAAUGAACGAGCUGGUGAAGAGUUUACCCUCCCCGACUCUCCCGGGGCUCCACCUGCCGUGUUUGGACACCUACAAAGGCUGGCUCUUUAAAUGGACCAACUACCUGAAGGGCUACCAGCGGCGGUGGUUCGUCCUUAGUAACGGCCUGCUGUCCUACUACAGGACUCAGGCAGAGAUGGCACACACUUGCCGAGGCACCAUUCCCUUGGCAACAGCACACAUUGAGGUGGGUGACACCUGCCACUUGGUGUUAACCAGCGGAGGCCGAAGCUACCACCUGAAGGCCACCUCUGAGGGAGAGUGUCAGCGCUGGGUGUCAGCUCUGCAGCAAGCCAAGGCCAAUGCCACUCUCCUGAUGCAUCACUCAGAUGACUCAGGAGAUGAAGGCCCUGUACCUCAGGAGGACCGUGCCCUAACCCAAGGGGUGCUCAAGACUCUGGCCAGCAAGCUAGAUGACCUGAGCACCUGUAAUGAGCUGAUAGGAAAGCACGGCGCCGCUCUCCAGCGUUCCCUCAGUGAACUCGAGGAGCUGCGUGGAUCUGCUGACAGCACAGACAAAGUGAAAGCUGUUAAUGAGCGAGCUACACUGUUUCGCAUCACCUCCAAUGCUAUGAUCAAUGCUUGUCGCGACUUUCUGGACGUAGCAGAAUCUCACAGCCGGAGGUGGCAAAAGGCCCUGCAGCAUGAGAGAGAGCAGCGUCACCAUCUGGAGGAGACCAUCGAACAGUUAGCCAAACAGCACAACAGCUUAGAGAGAGCCUGGAGGGAGAAUCCCACCUCAUAUACCGGUGUGGAGCGGUCUCAGGAAGGGGAUGCGAGUGAUGAGAAUGAUGAUGCAGAGUUCUUCGAUGCCAUGGAGGACUCCCCUGCAUUCAUAACUGUGACUGCAAGUGGCGACAUACAACACAAGCGCUCAGGGAGUAAUCAGAGUAUGAUGAGCGGAGGGGUGCCCAAUGACUGGACUCACAAUGAGAAUGAUACCUCAGGCACAAACCACAUGCAGCUACGAAGAACAAGGCGCAGCCGUAUUCCUGACAAACCAAAUUACUCCCUCAAUCUGUGGAGCAUCAUGAAGAACUGUAUUGGCAAAGAUCUCUCCAAGAUACCCAUGCCUGUGAACUUCAAUGAGCCGUUGUCGAUGCUGCAGCGUCUUACUGAGGAUCUGGAGUACAGCGAGCUCUUGGACCGGGCAGCUCGCUGUGACUCGUCUCUGGAGCAGAUGUGCCUGGUGGCUGCCUUUUCUGUCUCCUCGUACUCCACCACCGUCCAUCGUACAGCCAAGCCCUUCAACCCUCUGCUGGGGGAGACCUACGAGCUGGACCGACUGGACGAGUACGGUUAUCGCUCCAUCUCUGAGCAGGUCAGUCAUCACCCACCAGCUGCUGCCCACCAUGUGACAUCACAGCGAGGAUGGAGCCUUUGGCAGCAUAUUACUAUCGAUAGCAAGUUUCGUGGGAAAUAUAUUUCUGUCAUGCCAUUGGGAAACAUUCACCUGCAGUUCCAUUCAAGCGGGAACCACUAUGUGUGGAGCAAAGUGACGUCAACAGUGCACAACAUUAUUGUGGGAAAACUUUGGAUUGAUCAGUCUGGUGACAUUGACAUCGUAAACAACACUACCAAGGACACCUGCCGUCUCAAAUUCUCCCCCUACAGCUACUUCUCCAGAGAAGUCCCACGUAAAGUGACAGGAGUAGUCGAGGACAGAGAGGGCACAGCCCAUUACAUCCUGUCAGGAACCUGGGACGACAAGAUGGAGAGUGCCAAAAUAGUGGACAGCAGCCAAGGAUGUGGAGGCUCUGAGGGAAAACAAAAGACAGUUUAUCAGACUCUUCAGCCCAAACUCUUGUGGAAGAAAUAUCCUCUCCCAGAUAACGCAGAGAACAUGCACUUCUUCUCCUCCCUGGCUUUGACUCUGAAUGAGCCAGAGGAGGGUGUUGCGCCCACUGACAGUCGCCUGCGGCCAGACCAGCGGCUAAUGGAAGCAGGUCUGUGGGAUGAAGCAAACAGCCAGAAGCAGCGACUGGAGGAGCGACAGAGGCUGGAGAGGAAAAGAAGGGAUGCACAAGCCAAUCAGGCCUUGGAAGAGGGGCAAGAUAUCGAGGGCUACCAGCCGCUGUGGUUUGAGAAGAGGACAGAUGAUUCAACGGGAGAAAGCACUUACCUCUACAGGGGGGGCUACUGGGAGGCUAAAGACAGACAGGACUGGAGCCAGUGCCCCGAGAUCUUCUGAGACAAAAAAUCCCCUUACAGCACAGCAUCGGACCGGCUGAGUGGUUCCUCUUGAUGUAAGGAUACUCUGAGUUAUGGACAGUUGUUUGUUUGACUGUGUGUGUGUGUGUGUGUGUCAGUGAGCUACUUUUGAAAGUAGGCCUCACUUCCAGAAAUUCAAGCACAAAAAACAAAAACAAACUUCUGCAUCCAGUUACUGAUCUACUCACUUCUGUUCUAUUACAGUAUAGCUUGUGUUUUCAGAAUGCAUGGCCUCAGUUUGUAUGUAUGCUUCAGCAGAGAUCUAAUUUAUCAGAAAACAUAGACUUGUUGUGUGUGUAUGUGUGUGUGGGGCUGAGAGAUUGACACAUGCUUUACAGAGAAAUGAUUCCUGCGCCAAAACACACCUCUUUCGUCAGGAUAACUUGAGGGCAAGGAGUGCCGCAAAUGUUUUGGUACAAAGCACUGAAUGUCUUAUUCUUCUCAAAGCUGGAACAACAUGUUCCUCAUGCUGGGCUCUGACAGAGACAACAGGCUUUAAAAGGACCAUAGCAGGAUAAAACAUUCUUCUGUGCUAAAAGGCUUUUUCACAGCAGAACUUCAUUUACUGAUCCUCCUGAUUCUUGAGGAUUUUUACUAUUCUAUUUCUUAAAAUUGCACAAACUGAAUCUUCAACGAUUUACAGUUAUUGCCCACUCUGACAGGCCUCUAAAGAGCAGCUACUCAGCCAUGAAAACCAAAGUAGAUGUCUUUCUCUUUGGAUGGACAAAUGCCUGAAAACACAAGGCUGUUUUAUAGGUAACUUCUGCACACAGGAGAUUCAAAGUAAAGACACUGUUCAGUUGCAUGCAUUGUGGGAAAUGUAGGAUCCAAAAUGUUUGGAGCUUGAGGCAUGUUAGGGACAAAAAGUCAGGAUAUUUCUGCCUCUCUCUCUCUCUCUCUAUCUCUAUCUCUAUCUCUAUCUCUAUCUAUCUAUCUAUCUAUCUAUCUAUCUAUCUAUCUAUCUAUCUCUUUUUUUUAUUGUCUCUUUUGAGUCUCUAAACUUCACAGAAGUGCAACAGUAAACCUACCACUUCAACUAUCUCAAGACUCAACCACAGGGGUUCCACUGAAGUAGAAAUCUGCUAAGCCUGGGGGACUUUCUUCAGCAAGGGAUUAUAUUGGUGCUUGAUGGUAAUUUUAGCCUUAAUUAUGUUAAGAAGUAGUAAGUCCCUAGUAACUACUCCCUCCCAGCUCUGAGAUUCUGUACAGAUUAUAGCAAUCUGGCAGGCUUUUUUGUCUUUUGAGGGCACUUAAAUGUAUACUUAAGGGUGCAUUUUAUUUAAUUUUACUCAGAUUAUCAGGGUCUAUCAUCUUGGUAAGUAGCAACAAACUUACCCCUUCCUAAGUUAGAAUUGGCUAUAGCUCUAUGAAUGGUUUCUAUCUUUAAAAUCGUAUUGCUUUAUUCAAGCAUCGUCAGCAAUAAAACAAGUCAACAGUCAUUUAAGAAGGAAAUACUCCCAGGUCAGAAAGGUAUUUCAUGCAGCACAAAAAUCAUGUUUUAGUAACAGUAUCCAGUUAGCUUAAUUGUAGUUAUGCAAAGAAUCUUAUUCAUACACAUCAGACCCGAGCCAGAAAACAAUUAAGGAAAGGCCUGGCAAUUCUCUUGCUAAGGUUUUAGUGUGCAAAUAAGCACUGAUGUACAUUAGUAGUAAAUAUACCUUCUCUCUAAACAAUAAUAAGUUGUUUAUUUAUAGUUUUCAGCUUCCUGUGUAUUAUAAUAGGGCAUGCUGCACAUGUACAACUGCCUGGUUGGUUUUGGCCUGUAUAUAGCAAGAAUAUGAUAGAAAUAGAAUCACAUCAUUUAUAAUCACUGUAAGAAAAUAUUGUUUCAUAUUACUUGAACAUUCAUAUUCUGGUCACUACUUAAUCUCUAUUUGUGUAAACAUAAUCUUAAAUGGAGUCAAGAUUGUAUACCAGUUAAUGCGAUGUUGGGGAAUUGAAAUUAUGACUAUAAGUUUCUAAGAUACAGUAUAUAAAAUUAAUGAUACAAAUAAGGUGUUGUUCAAAUAAAGCACAGUGUUAUGUUUACCUGCAGCUAAUGAUACAUGCUACAUAAACUGAAAGGUUUCCAUGGCAACAUAAUAGCUAUGCAUGGUUUUAGAGUGCUUAAGCCCUUCUGUAGUGAGGAGCCUCUUCACCUAGCUAAUUGUUUGUAGUCUUUUGCUGAAACAUGAUGUGAACUCACCUUUUGUGCCCAAUGGCCUCAGAAAUUUUGCAUUUUUGAGCUGAAAUAAAAACAUAAAGCUGUCACAGUG